AUGGAUAUCAUUGCUGCAUAUUCUAUGCCACAGCAGGAGGAGUACGAGGAUGAGGAGGCAGCUGAGCCGCCCGCUGCUUUUAAUCAAGCACUAAAUGGCCUCAAGCACCUGCUCAGCUUGAAGGAGCAUGAGCUAGAUGCCAACUCCAUGGAGCUCACAACACUCGUGCGCAUGGGAAGAAGCCUCCAGCAGCAGGCAGAGCUCCGUAGAAGGCAAGGGAUAUUAGAUAGCUUGUUUAAAUAA